CACUCAUUUAGAAAUGGAAUUCUUUAAUUAUAUAUAGCCUAGUGUUUUAACAUUUUAAGUUAGCCAAAACCUUACUAAUAAUAAAUAAAAAUUGGUUGUGUGUAAAGUCGGUUUACGGACGAUAGUUUAACGUGACGUCAUAACUAAACAUUGAUGAAAUGAUUGCAUACUUUUAUAAAUAAAAUUGAAUCAUUUUUAUUUUAAUAAUAAAACAGGGUUCCCACGCUCCUUGAAAGUCCUUGAAAAGUGCUUGAAAUAUUUUGAAGUAAUUAAGGGCCCUUAGAAGUGCUUGAAAAAACUUUUAGGUGCUUGAAAGUGCUUGAUAAAGUUUACACUGUAAGUUAUAAUUACGUUGUACAUAUUUAUUUAGGACAAGUUUUUAGUGUGGCACCGUAAUUUAAUUCUACGAUAACUUAUUUAUGGUAUGUUCAAAUAGUUGUCAUUUUUACAUUGAAUAAUGCCUCGUUUUUCGACGGCAUACGAUAAGAUAUCUUCUAUGCACUAUUUUUAUCGGCAGUUAUGGUGUCAUCAGUGUUUUUGUUCUGACAAAUGACGAUCACUUUCAUUUGCGACAAAUGACGAUCACUUUCAUUUGCUUUGUGUCCAGAUUGUAGAGCAUUACUCUAUGAUUGUCCGUUGCUGCAGCCAUGUUGGAAUUUGCAGUUUGUUGACUUCGUUCUCGUAAAAAUGCCGGGAGGGAAGUGUGUUUUUAGUGAUGCGUGGCUCGCAAACGAUAUUUAUUCAUUAUGGUUAGUGAAAGUGCCUGAAAAAAAUAAAGCAAGAUGUUCGUUUUGUUCAAAAAAUUUUGACAUAAGUAGCAUGGGUGAAGCUGCUUUGAAAUGUCAUAUUAAAGGUAAAAAACAUGCUGCUUUCACUGAUGCUGCAACAAAAUCACUUGGAUUGACACAGUUCUUUGGUGUUGAAAACUCCAGCACAGUAAAUGUCAAAGCUGAAGAGAAUAAAAUUAGGCCAGCUUCUGCUUCAGUUGUAGACAGCUGUCAUGUUACAAGUGUUAGUAGUUGUAGUAGCAGUUCCAGUCCUUCAGUAUCUUCACAUUUCAGUGGAACAGAUGUUAUGAAUGCUGAAAUAAGAUGGGCUUUGAAAUGUGCAACCAUUCAUUACUCACUUAAUUUGUGCGAAGGACUUCCAGAACUAUUCAAGAAUAUGUUUCCUGAUAGCAGUAUUGCGAAACAGUUUUCAUGUAGUGCCACAAAAUGUGCAUAUAUGAUAUGCUUUGGACUUGCACCACACUUCAAGGCUGCUAUCUUCAAGACUGCCAAUGAAGUGGAACACUAUUGCCUGUUGUUUGAUGAGAGCUUAAAUCUUUCUAAUCAAAAGAAGCAAAUGGACAUACACAUCAGAUUGUGGGACCCAAACAGCGAUGAGGUAGUUACAAGGUUUUUCACAUCUGUAUUUAUGGGACAUUCCAGCGCAGAAGUAACCCUAUCAGCUUUGCAAGAAGCAACAGAAAAGUUGAAUCACUCAAAACUGCUUAACUUGUCAAUGGAUGGUCCAGCUGUGAACUGGAAGCUAUUUAAUAUUCUGCAAGCUGAAUUAAAAAAGGAUUUUGGUUGCACCUUAAUAGAUGUAGGCAGUUGCACUCUUCACACUUUGAAUAAUUGCUUCAAACAUGGCAGUAGAUCUACAUCUUGGGAUAUUGACAGUUUUUUGGUGAGCAUAUACUGGCUUUUUAAAGAUUCUCCAGCUCGCAGGGAAGAUUAUUUGAAUCUUUCUGUAAACAAAAAACUCCCCUCUAAGUUUUGCAAACAUCGUUGGUUGGAAAAUGUUCCAGCAGCCGAAAGAGCACUCGAAAUUUGGGACGACUUGAAGAAAUAUGUCGGAGAAGUUGACAAGGGACAUCUUACAAAAAUUAAAUGUAAGUCUUACCUUAUUGUUAAGGAGGCAUGUCAGGAUGUUUUGAUGCCAGCAAAGUUGAACAUUUUCCUUUCGGUCGUCAAACUGUUACAACCUUUUCUUACGAAGUAUCAAAGUGACAAACCACUCUUGCCUUUCUUAGCUGAAGAUCUAAGAAAUAUGAUUGUUAGUUGCUUGCAGAGUUUCAAUAUUAUGAGGAAUGAGUACAUUUCGAAAUUAUCUUCACCAUACCAGGUUUCACUCUUUGACUUUAAAGACAGAAAGUGUCUUUUAAGUUCAUGCAAAGUUAACUUGGGGUUCAUUGCUGAUAGACUAGUCAAAGAACUUGUUCACAAAAGGGAAGUUUCAGAAAAAGAGGUACUAGAACUCAGACAUGAAACACAGAAUUUCAUUUUCUUGAUGCUUGAAAACCUAGUGGUAAAAUCCCCAAUCAAGUAUGCCUUCGUUCGAAGCCUUUCGUGUCUUGAUCCAAGAUUUAUGCUAACCGAUAGCCACAGCUGCUACAAGAAGAUGAAGCAGAUUUUGUCAAUUAUUGUAAAGGCUAAACAACUUCAGGAAAAGAUGUGUGAUGAAAUCCUGUUGGAGUAUUAAGAAUUGCUCCGAUAUGCUCAUGAAAACAAAACAGCAUUUAGUGACUUUUCCCCUGAUGUGUCUCAAAUUGAUGUUUUCUUUCGCAAUUACCUUGGUGGUGAGAAAAAGUUUGUGAAACUGUGGCCAGUUAUAAAAAUGCUUUUAAUUUUUUCACAUGGCCAAGCAGCUGUAGAGCGAGGGUUUUCUGUUAAUCGCCAUAUAGAAGUGGAAAAUCUAAAGGAAGAUUCGUAUGCAGCAAAGAGAUUAACCAUUGAAGAGGUCAGAAAAUGUGGCGGUGUUACAAAUGUUCAUCUAACAAGAGAGUUGCGGGCUUCUGUUGCAGCAGCUCGUCAGAAGUCAUACUUGGAAGAGGAACGCAAGAAAAAAUCUAAUGCGCUGGAAAAGAAACGUAGUCUUCAGUUAAGUGAGGAGUUAGAAGUUCAUAAAACAAAGAAGAUUCGACUACAACAAACAAUAGACAGUCUCCAAAAAUAUGCCGAUGAACUUGCUGAGCAGGCAGAAAAAACUGAAAAUGUGAACUUGAUUAUCCAGUCAAACAGUUUUAGAAAGACAGCUAAAGAAAAGUUACUUGAAAUUAAAAAGAUAGAAAAGAAAAUUCAAGAAGUAUCUGAAAACAUGAGGAGAGUAAAAUAAUCAAAAUUGUUAUAUUUUGUUGUGCUAUAUUAAAUAUUAAUAUCAUGAACCUUUGAAAGAUGUACUGUAAACUGUCUAAUAUGAGUACAUUCCUAUUUUCUAGUAGUAAUGAGUAAAAAGUGCAUUAAUAUUAUUAUCUUGAUAUGCAACCUGUAAUUAUAUGUGCGUGUAGAUGUAAAACUAUGCAGUAACUUAGCAUGUUGUAAAUUAUGCAGUUGAUAAAUAUUUGAUAUUGCAUCAUUGGUAUGUAUUUUUGCCACACUCUUAAACAUAGCAUUGUUAUGAACAGGAAUUCUGUAAUAAUGGGACUGUCAAGGUUAUAGUAUUUGAAGUUAGGAAUUCCAUGAGUGCUAAUUCAAUAUUCUUAAAUUUAAAUUCCUACCAAAUACCUACCUAACCAAAUGCCUACCUAAAUAACUUACUAUAAUAAUUGUGAACCAGUUCGGUAUAAUGUUAAACUCAGCCAAUUUGCAAUGUUACUGUCCCUCCGAUAAGCUUUUAUCUUUUUGUUUAUAAGUAAUAGAAGGAAAAAAAAAACAAUUUUGCACAUGUUCAUAAUAUAACUACAAGUACUAAAAUUAUUUCAUAAUAUUUAAGUCCUUGAAAUUUUGGAAAAAGUCCUUGAAAGUGCUUGAAAAGUGCUUAAAUUUUUUCAUCAAAAAGGAGUGGGAACCAUGUAAAAGAAUAAAUACUUGAAAUUAUACUAGUAAUCAGAUUUUUAAAAUGCAAGAAUAAUUAACCUUUAUUACCGAAAUUGUUGUUGUAAUAAGCAAUGAAAACCACAUUAACUUUUCACUUCACUUUAUAACCAGUCGACGAAACAGUUCACGUGUAGAUGACUUGUAAUUAAUUUUAAAAACUGGCGUUUAGCUAUAAAGUUUAAAUAUAAUUAUGAACAAGUUUUCAUAUAAAUAAGCUGUAAUAAAAUACCUAUCAUCAAUUAUAUGAAUCACCAUAAUUUUUUAUUCAAUUGUAACAUAACAAGUUUUCAUAUAAAUAAACUGUAAUCAAAUAUCUAACAUAACCUAAAUACUUGAAAUUAUACUAGUAAUAAGAUUUUAAAAUGCAAGAAUAAUUAACCUUUAUUGCCGAUAUUGUUCUUGUAAUAAGCAGUGAAAACCACGUGUAAGAAUAAUUAACCUUUAUUGCUGAUAUUGUUGUAUGUAGUAAUAAGCAGUGAAAACCACAUUAACUUUUCACUUCACUUUAUAACCAGUCGACGAAACAGUUCACGUGUAGAUGUAAGUUGUGUGCUGCCGCUGUCUUUCUUCUCGGACGCAUAGGCCAAUCGAGUGGAAGAGAGAGAGAUGCGGCGCAAGCGUACAAUGAGUGUAACGGGACACAGCGUAACAGAACAAUGUGCAUAAUGGGACACUUUUUCAUGCGUGCAGCCAGCGUUCAUCGAUUUAUUAGAUGUUUUCACGUCAAUAAUAUUUUAAAAAAAACUAAAAAAAAACAUGCUUUUUUGUUGUAUGAACUAAAAAGUAAAAAAAAAUAAUAAUUUAAGUAAUUUGUUCAAUAGCAAUAGAAUAAACUACAACUCUAACGUAAUUGUUUUAAUAAGAUAAAAAUCAAGUGAUAAACAAGACAAUUUUAAUGGAAAAAAACCAUGGGUAGAUAUCAGUUGUCUUUUCUUCUAGUAUUGGCUAUUCUUAGGACCGAGUCAGUGUAAGAACCAAGAGUACUCCACACAUUUUUUCCUUCAUUAAAAUUAUUUUUAUUACUUGAUUCUUAUUUUAACCUUAUAUAAAAAAAAAUUCAUUAUACAGAGUUGUGGUUUGUUAUAUAUCACUGUUGAAUACAUUUCUUAAAUUUAAAUAUUUUUUACUUUUUAGUUCAUAUUGAAAUAAUUUUUUUUAUAAAUUUCCUGAAAUGCACAACAAAAUCAAUUAUCAAUGUCCUGGAAAUUUGGGGGGCAAUGGGCUUCUCCCCCCUCCCCACCCUUCCCACAAGGGAUUGUGAUAGUGUCCAAAGGCCUCGGAAGCAAGUCAAAAUCAAUGUUCAAUUUUCCAGACUUUCGAAAAAUCAGGGGGCAAAUGACCUCUCCUGAAGGGAUGGAGGAGGGCGAAGGGUGUGGUCUCUGAAUGGAUCAGAAACACUCCCACUUGGAGGUUACCUUCUGGGGCAAAUUACCCCGGGCAAAUUUCCCAUGUUACUCUUGCCUCAUGGAUAGACAAAAAGCAUGGUUAUUGCCCGUAGCUUGAAAGGAGUGGUUUUUUGCCCUUCUGACCUCCCACCCUCCUUUCUUUCUUCAAGUCAUAGUCACAAAAUUAUUGUAUUGUCUUCUGGACUACAUAUACUUGCAAAGUUUCAAAUUGAUACAAAAUUAGAAGUAGUUUAAAAUGAAUUUCCAAGAUUUCAUUAUAUAGAUAGUUACAAAUGAUGCUUUUUAAGUGUGUUAAAAAAGGUUCAUCAAAAUCAAUCAAGUAGUUUUAGAGUGGUGACAGAACAGACAGACAAACAGAAAAAAAAUAUUGAAAAUAUAUUUUUGAGUUUCAAAUAAUGUUAGCCAUUUCAAUUUUUUUUUUUUCCAAAAUAUCAUUUAGAAUAAUAGUCUAUUUUUUGACUGACAUGUUGUGCACUUAUAUAAUAAAAUCAUAAGUAAUAACUAAAAAGCAUGUCAAAAAUAUAACUACUAAUGUGCCAUCAUUAUGUAAAAAUGUGUUGCUAAUGAGAUGCAAAAUCAAACAUUUUUUUUUUUUCAAUUUGUUUAGUUUUCCAAUUUGGAACAAAAUUAAUGCAAAAUAGAUUACAUUAAUUGAAUUUACCAUAGUAAAAUACAGAAUUUUUAUAAUUUAAUGUAAGUUUUAUCAAUAGAGACCAGAUUAUAUGUAGGUAAUUGCAUAUGCAUUCGCAUAUUUAGCCAAUUUUUGUUAGCUAUUGCAUAUUUUGCCUAAAAUCUUGUGAUGAUGCAUAUUUUUGCUAUAUUUGCAAUAUUUCUGGGUAGGAUAGUUAAUGAUUGAUAAUGAACAAAUGAAAUCUUACGUUGUAGCUGGCCUUAUCGAUUAUCUGCACAGUCCUUCGAGCGCACUUAGCAGCCGCCCAUCUAUUGGUUUGGUAGGAUAAUAUUACUCGAGGUUAGUCACAUCAGUCAAUGGUUUUCAGAAUACAAACCUCUGGGGUUUGUUUUCAUUAGUUCAACUGUUCACAGUUUGGAAUAUAACCGUACACCACUAUCACUAGGCAAUUAAAUCACGCACAUUAUUGUUGACACACUCUCAUUGCAUUUGUGUAGUGUAUUAUUUGUGUGUGAAAAGUUUUAAGUGUACCAUGCAACCCAAAAAAAAAUAAAAAUUAUUUUUCGUGGAUAGCUGACUAUCCUAAAAUAUUUAGAUACGACAGAAGUGUUUUAUAUUAUCGAGUUUGCAAGAAAAAUAUUCAGUGUGCAAAAAAAAAUUCAUAUUGACCAGCAUGUCAAGACAAGUCUUAUUGUCGCAGGAUUGCAAAAGACAGGCCUAAAACAACAACUUAUAACAGCGGGAAGUAGCAGUAUAUAACAGCGGGAAGUAGCAGUAAUUCUACUUCAGAAGGCAAAAAAAAAAAUCUAUUUAAUAUGGAUUUAUGUGAAGCAUUGUUUGCGAGUAAUAUUCCUCUUCAUAGACUUACAAAUUCUACAUUCAAAAAUUUUCUGCAAAAAUAUUACUUGAAUCAAAAUAUACCAGACGAAUCAACUUUGCAUAAACAUUACAUACCAACAAUUUACCUAAAUGUUGUGGAAGAAAUACGUAAAUAACUCCAGGAUAACAUUAUUUGGAUUUCAGCUGAUGAAACUACCAAUAGUUAUGGCCGCUACAUUGCUAAUUUAAUUGUGGUUCAUUUAGACUAGAGCCUUCUGCUUCCUAUCUGGUGGCCUACAAAGAACUUGAAAAAAAAAAGUCAUUCAACAAUCGCCAGAUUUGUGAAUGAGGGUAUUAAAAAAAUAUUUCCUGAAGCUUCUGCAGAUGAGAGAGAGUUUAUAUUUCUCUCAGAUACUGCUCUCUAUAUGAUCAAGGCAGCCAAAGCCCUUCAAGUAUUUUAUUACAAUUUGAUUCAUGUGACGUGCUUCGCUCAUAGAGUACAUCGACUCUGAGGAAGUAUGAUCCACAUUUGGAAAUGUAAACAAACUGAUUUAACGAUUCUGGUAUUAAAAAACAUGUUGCAGUAAUUAGCACACACUUUCCCCAUGUACCUGCGAGUAUUAAAAAGCUUGAAACUCAAGGUUUAACGUUGACUGAAUCAAUUCAGUUAAUGAAUAAAAUCUGUCAAAUGAACUCCACAUUGCCAGAUGUGUUCCCUUGUAAACUUAUAAAGAAAAGUUUGAAAACAUUUUGAGCAAAAUCCCAGACUUUGAACCUUUGUGUCAAAUUGAUAGUUUUAUUAUGGAAUGGGUGAACAUUUGCCAGAAACAAUAAGUGCAUAGCACCAAAAUUACUGCCCAGUUACCUCAGUGAAUGUGGAACAGUCUUUUUAUACUUAUAAAUAUUUUGAAUGAUCGAAGGCACAAUUUUAGUAAUGAACAUUUGGAACAAUACCUGAUUGUUAAUGUCUACAAGAAUACAAAAUUUUAAAUAAUUUUUAAUUUACUGUCGAUAGCUUACUAAUUAUAUGUGAUUUUGAAGAAAAAAAUGUUAAGACUACUAUUUUUUUAUUAUUAUUAUUUAAUGUUGCAUAUUUCAAGCUUUUUAUGUUGCAUAUAAUCCAGUCUCUAUUUAUCAAAUUAUAGAUCGUUUUCAUGUUUUUAGUUACAUGUCUUUGCUAAAUGCAGGGACUGGAAGUAACGCGCUACUAGUAACAACGUUAUUUGUAACAGUUACUUUUUAUGGUAACGAUCGUGGUAACGCAAUAUAUUAAGUUUUCAGUAACUGUAACUGAAUUACAUUUUUCUGCCUUAAAGUAACGAUAAUUGUCGUUACUUCUUGCGUUACAUUUUUUUAAUGUAUUUCUUAUUGAACGAACAACGCUUUGUUGAUUUUUUCAAUCCCAGAACGAAAAUCCCGACAAGCAUAUUAUUUGCGAUGGUAUUGCUUGUACUUGUAAAACUGUUGUUGGCUAGCCUGCGCUCGUAUUUUGAUUGUUAUUUAUUUAAUAUUUGCGACAUGCGGGUUUACUGCUGUGCUGUUUAAUUAAUUAACCUACCUGUGCACAUGCGCGAAAGCAAUGACCGAAUCUAAUGAAGCGAGAAGCCGAGAAAGCAGUCCAGAAUUUUCGUUGCCGUGGCCUUCAUAUUCUAAUUUUUUCGAAGUUAUGUUGAGUGAUAAAAAUAACCUUAUUGUGAAGUGCUUGUUGUGUGGUUCUGCGAACAGUUUUGUAGUGUGAACUAAUUACUCAAUGUAGUUUAAGACCUAUUUAAAAUUUUUCAGUUUAAAUAAACAUAUAUCUUUACUAAACACAAUAUGUUUUAUUAGCUUUUAAUUAUAACAGUAUUACGUAUCACAUUUUAGUUUUUCACAAAGUAACUGUUAAAGUAACUUACAGUUACUUUUCUCAGAACUGUAACUGUAACUGGUUUAUUUUCAGUAGUGUAACUUGUAGUUGUAACAGGGUUACAUUUUCAAUGGAGUAUUUGUAACUGUAACCGAGUUACUUUUUGAAAGUAACUUUCCGGUCCCUGGCUAAAUGGUAAACUUGCAUUUCAAUGUUAUAUGAUGUAUUGACAUGCUUUGCUAAUGUAUUUCAGUUUUAUCGCCAUUCGCCAUAUAAUCUUGUCUCUACCUAUUAUUAAAAUCACAGUAUAACCUCCUUUUUUUUUUUUUACAAGGUACCAAGGAAAAAUGAUGUGAAAAUCAGGAAAAUGUAAAAAGAGUGAAGCAUUAAAAAAAAAUUAUUCUCACCAUUAUGGAAACAAUAAGAAAAUUUACACUACACUAAAUGAAGUAUCAGAGAUGUUUACUUUUUAUAUAUUAACUAUAACUUUAUUACCUCACCUGGUGAAAACAAUAAAUGCAUACAAUCUUGCACUAGAUAAACAAUGAAUUGUUUUAAGUUGGACAUGAAAAUUUCGGUUCUUGAUUAAGAGAGUGAAUGUUGAAGCAUCUCAAAAUGUCUACUUUUCAAGUAUUUCUUACACACUUAAUUUGUGUAACCGCAUGUUUACAUUUUAUUAAUUUUAAGUAUUUUUCAGAAAUAAUUCUAUUAAACACAACUACUUUCACAACAAUAUUUUACAUGUUGGGACAGAAAAAGGUAUAAAGGUGUCUGUUGCAAUGUUUGGAAAAUCGGUGGUGCCAAUUGUUUUCCAAAAUAUUUUUGUCAUAAAAUGAACAUUCCCUUAAAUUAACAAAGAUGCCAUAUUUACAGGAAUUUGGUAUGUUUCGUUAAAACUUAUAUUGAGGGCACAGUAAUCCACUAUUUGUUUAUGUAAACGCCCCUUUAUACUACUUUAUUUUCAUGCAUAGUACAUUAAAGUUUAAAUCGGGAAAGAGAUCACUAGAACUUAAUUUUCACGUUCAUGUCACCAAAGGUUUGGUUCAUGGUUCACCGUGGUGCCAUGUAUGGUUCACCGUGGUACAAAAAAAAAUGUAAGUUGUUUACAAUGGCAAACAAAGCUGCAGUCCACAAGCUCACACAGUAACGUAUAAUAAAUGAAGUUCACACUAUUCACUUUCAACUUUUUUUGUUCCAUAUGAACUUUUCUGAUGGUUUGCUAUUAAAUGCAUUGCUGUUGCAACGUACAUUGAGGCAAAUGCUUUCACAUAAAGUGGGAUAGUAAUGCAUUGGUUCUUCUGUGUCCUGAAUGGAAUAAAGGUCAUGCUCAUGUGUUGUGCUGUGGGUGGACCUGGUUUGUCGUUGUCC